AUGCGUUCUGUCGUUGCCACGGUCAGUGACGGCUGCGUCAACGGCUGCGUCAACGGCUGCGUCAACGGCCGACACUACUCGGGGAAUGCAUCUGGAUCCCGUCGGGUUCGAAAGAGGAGCUCUGGGGACUCACCUGGAGAAGGAUCUCGCUCGGCAGGACGACAGAUGAACGCCCGGGUCAAACGCACCAGCAAUCCUCCUACACCAGGACAGAUGAAAAGAAAAGCCACAGACACAGAGGAGGAGGACGAUCAGUCAGAGAAGAAGUACAGGAGGUGUGAGAAGUCUGGCUGCUCCGCCACGUAUCCCGUCUGUUUCGCAAGUGCAUCAGAAAGGUGUGCUAAAAACGGAUACACAUCUCGCUGGUAUCAUCUGUCGUGUGGGGAACACUUCUGCAACGAGUGUUUUGAUCACUACUACAGAAGUCACAAAGAUGGCUAUGAGACUUAUGCUGCGUGGAAAAAGGUCUGGACCAGUAAUGGCAAAAGUGAACCCAGUCUCAAAGCUUUCAUGGCUGACCAGCAACUCCCGUUCUGGAUUCAGUGCACAAAGCCAGACUGUAGGAAGUGGCGUCAGCUGACCAAAGAAAUCCAGCUCACAGCUUCUCUGGGGGGGUCGUUCCGCUGUGGGAUGAAGUUUAACAACGUGAAGACUGAAGGGGCAGACCAUUGCUCUCAACUUGAAGACAUGAGAGUGGCCGAGGUGGCUGAGAGCUGGUGGCAGUCGAUGCUGAUCUUGCCCCCUCUGUUCAAAGACAGUCCGGCCGGUCCGUUCCUGGCUGCGUACUACCCAGACUGUGUGGGCAUGAGUCCGGCUGGAUCCUCUGCGUCUGAGCUGAGGGCAGAGCACUGUCGCACUGCUCAGCCUCAGAUCCCAGGUCUGUGUCCGUACUUCCAGCCCUUCUAUCAGCCAAACGAAUGUGGGAAAGCUCUGUGCGUGCGGCCGGACAUGAUGGAGCUGGACGAACUUUAUGAAUUCCCUGAGUUUUCCCGAGACCCAACGAUGUACCUGGCUCUGAGAAACCUGAUCUUAGCUUUGUGGCACCGAAACUGUAAGGAGGUGCUGACGAGUGAGAAAUGCGCCCUGCACGUCAUCGUCCGAGGUUUGGUGAGAAUCCGCUGUGUUCAGGAGAUGGACCGAGUGCUUCAGUUUAUGACCCGGAAAGGCCUCAUCAACACCGGGGCGCUGUCCGUGUCCCGGCCGCUGCUGCCGGAAACACACCGCGCUAAAAACGUGAUAAUUAUCGGAGCCGGAGCGUCGGGGCUGGCGGCAGCACGACAACUGCACAACUUUGGCACACAGGUGAUGGUGCUGGAGGCGAGGGAGAGGAUCGGAGGCCGGGUUUGGGACAACACUUCCAUGGGGGUGACUGUCGGACACGGAGCUCAGAUCGUAAACGGCUGCAUCAACAACCCUAUAGCGCUCAUGUGUGAGCAGAUGGGGAUAAAGAUGCAUAAACUGGGAGACCGCUGUGACCUGUUCCAGGAGGGGGGGCAGGUCACUGAUCCGUCCAUCGACAAACGCAUGGAUUUUCACUUUAACGCCAUUUUGGACGUGGUUUCUGAGUGGAGGAAGGACAAGUCUCAGAGCCAGGACACACCACUGGGAGAAAAAGUUCAAGAAGUGAAGAAGAACUUCCUGCAGGAGUCUGGGGUUCAGUUCAGUGAUCUGGAGGAGAAGGUUCUUCAGUUUCACCUCAGUAACCUGGAGUUCGCCUGCGGGAGUCCUCUGGGCCAGGUCUCGGCUCGAUCCUGGGACCAUAACGAGUUCUUUGCCCAGUUCUCCGGAGACCACACUCUUCUCACCAAAGGUUACUCUGUGUUACUGCACAAACUGGCCGAGGGCCUGGACAUCAGAACCAAGUGUCCGGUUAAAUCCAUAGAUUACACUGGAGACCUGGUCAAAGUUACUUCCACCAAUGGAUCUCAGUGGACAGCACAGAAGGUCUUGGUGAGCAUCCCACUCACGUUGCUUCAGAAAAACUACAUUCAUUUCAAGCCUCCACUUUCUGAAAGAAAAAUGAAAGCCAUCCACAGCCUUGGAGCCGGCAUCAUAGAGAAGGUGGCUCUGCAGUUCCCUUUCAGAUUCUGGGACAGUAAAAUCCAAGGAGCAGAUUAUUUUGGUCACAUCCCCCCGAGUCCCGACCACAGAGGGAUGUUUGGGGUCUUCUACGACAUGAAUCCACAGGGAAAGCAGGCUGUGCUCAUGUCCAUCAUAUCUGGAGACGCUGUGGCCGCGGUCAGAGAAAUGGAUGAAAAAGUGGUGAUUGACAUGUGUAUGAAAAUCCUCCGGGAGCUCUUCAAAGAACAGGAAGUCCCAGAUCCUCUCAAGUUCUUUGUGACACAUUGGAGCAGAGACAUGUGGGCCCAGAUGUCAUACAGUUACGUGAAGACAGGGGGCAGCGGCGAGGCGUAUGACAUCCUGGCUGAAGAUAUACAGGGGAAAGUCUUCUUUGCUGGAGAGCUUCACGUCAUACGUCCGUCAUACGCCCGUCAUACGUCCGUCGUCCGUCAUACGUCCGUCAUACGUCCGUCAUACGUCUGUCGUACGUCCGUCAUACGUCCGUCGUACGUCCGUCAUACGUCCGUCAUGCGUCUAUUGUACGUCCGUCAUACCUCCGUCAUGCGUCUGUCGUACGUCCGUCAUACGUCCGUCAUGCGUCUGUCGUACGUUCGUCAUACGUCCGUCAUGCGUCUGUCGUACGUCCGUCAUACGUCCGUCAUGCGUCUGUUGUACGUCCGUCAUACGUCCGUCAUGCGUCUGUCGUACGUCCGUCAUACGUCCGUCAUGCGUCUGUUGUACGUCCGUCAUACGUCCGUCAUGCGUCUGUCGUACGUCCGUCAUACGUCCGUCAUGCGUCUGUUGUACGUCCGUCAUACGUCCGUCAUGCGUCUGUUGUACGUCCGUCAUACGUCCGUCAUGCGUCUGUCGUACGUCCGUCAUACGUCCGUCAUGCGUCUGUCGUACGUCCGUCAUACGUCCGUCAUGCGUCUGUUACGUCCGUCAUACGUCCGUCAUGCGUCUGUCGUACGUCCGUCAUACGUCCGUCAUGCGUCUGUUGUACGUCCGUCAUACGUCCGUCCGUCAUGCGUCAUACGUCCGCUGCGUCGUCGUACGUCCGUCGUUUGUCCGUCAUGCGUCUGUCGUACGUCCGUCAUACGUCCAUCGUACGUCCGUCAUACGUCCGUCAUGCGUCCGUCGUACGUCCGUCAUGCGUCCGUCGUACGUCCGUCAUACGUCCGUCAUGCGUCUGUCGUACGUCCGUCGUACGUCCGUCGUGCGUCUGUCGUACGUCCGUCAUACGUCCGUCAUACGUCCGUCAUGCGUCCGUCGUACGUCCGUCAUACGUCCGUCAUGCGUCUGUCAUACGUCCGUCAUGCGUCUGUCAUACGUCCGUCAUGCGUCUGUCGUACGUCUGUCGUACGUCCGUCAUGCGUCUGUCGUACGUCCGUCAUACGUCCGUCAUGCGUCUGUUGUACGUCCGUCAUGCGUCUGUCGUACGUCCGUCAUACGUCUGUCGUACGUCCGUCAUGCGUCUGUCGUACGUCCGUCAUACGUCCGUCAUGCGUCUGUCGUACGUCCGUCAUACGUCCGUCGUACGUCCGUCAUACGCCCGUUGUACGUCCGUCAUACGCCCGUUGUACGUCCGUCAUACGCCCGUUGUACGUCCGUCAUACGCCCGUUGUACGUCCGUCAUGCGUCUGUCGUACGUCCGUCAUACGUCCGUCAUGCGUCUGUCCUACGUCCGUCAUACGUCCGUCGUAUGCGUCUGUCAUACGUCCGUCAUGCCCGUUGUACGUCCGUCAUACGCCGUCAUACGUCCGUCAUAUGCGUCUGUUGUACGUCCGUCAUACUUCUGUCGUACGUCCGUCAUACGUCCGUCAUGCGUCUGUCGUACCUGUUGUACGUCCGUCGUACUCCCGUCGUCCGUCAUACGUCCGUCAUGCGUCUGUCGUACGUCCGUUGCGUCCGUCAUGCUCGUCGUCGUCGUCGUACGUCCGUCAUACGUCCGUCAUGCGUCUGUUGUACGUCCGUCAUACGUCCGUCAUGCGUCUGUCGUACGUCCGUCAUACGUCCGUCAUGCGUCUGUUGUACGUCCGUCAUUUGUCCGUCAUGCGUCUGUCGUACGUCCGUCGUACGUCCGUCAUACUUCUGUCGUACGUCCGUCAUACGUCCGUCAUGCGUCUGUCGUACGUCCGUCAUACGUCCGUCAUGCGUCUGUCGUACGUCCGUCAUACGUCCGUCAUGUGUCUGUCGUACAUCCGUCAUGCGUCUGUCGUACGUCCGUCAUGCGUCUGUCGUACGUCCGUCAUACUUCUGUCGUACGUCCGUCAUACGUCCGUCAUGCGUCUGUCGUACGUCCGUCAUACGUCCGUCAUGCGUCUGUCGUACGUCCGUCGUACGUCCGUCAUACGCCCGUCGUACGUCUGUCGUACGUCCGUCAUACGUCCGUCAUACGCCCGUCAUACGUCCGUUGUACGUCCGUCAUGCGUCUGUCAUACGUCCGUCAUGCGUCUGUCAUACGUCCGUCAUGCGUCUGUCGUACGUCUGUCGUACGUCCGUCAUGCGUCUGUCGUACGUCCGUCAUACGUCCGUCAUGCGUCUGUUGUACGUCCGUCAUGCGUCUGUCGUACGUCCGUCAUACGUCCGUCAUGCGUCUGUCGUACGUCCGUCAUGCGUCUGUCGUACGUCCGUCAUACGUCCGUCAUACGCCCGUCGUACGUCUGUCGUACGUCCGUCAUACGUCCGUCAUACGCCCGUCAUACGUCCGUUGUACGUCCGUCAUGCGUCUGUCAUACGUCCGUCAUGCGUCUGUCAUACGUCCGUCAUGCGUCUGUCGUACGUCUGUCGUACGUCCGUCAUGCGUCUGUCGUACGUCCGUCAUACGUCCGUCAUGCGUCUGUUGUACGUCCGUCAUGCGUCUGUCGUACGUCCGUCAUACGUCCGUCAUGCGUCUGUCGUACGUCCGUCAUGCGUCUGUCGUACGUCCGUCAUACGUCCGUCAUGCGUCUGUCGUACGUCCGUCAUGCGUCUGUUGUACGUCUGUCAUGCGUCCGUCGUACGUCCGUCAUACGCCCGUUGUACGUCCGUCAUACGUCCGUCGUACGUCCGUCAUACGCCCGUUGUACGUCCGUCAUACGCCCGUUGUACGUCCGUCAUACGCCCGUUGUACGUCCGUCAUACGCCCGUUGUACGUCCGUCAUGCGUCUGUCGUACGUCCGUCAUACGUCCGUCAUGCGUCUGUCCUACGUCCGUCAUACGUCCGUCAUGCGUCUGUCAUACGUCCGUCAUGCGUCUGUCGUACGUCCGUCAUACGUCCGUAAUGCGUCUGUUGUACGUCCGUCAUACUUCUGUCGUACGUCCGUCAUACGUCCGUCAUGCGUCUGUCGUACGUCCGUCAUACGUCCGUCAUGCGUCUGUCGUACGUCCGUCGUACGUCCGUCAUACGUCCGUCAUACGCCCGUCGUACGCCCGUCGUACGUCCGUCAUGCGUCUGUCGUACGUCCGUCAUACGUCCGUCAUGCGUCUGUCGUACGUCCGUCGUUUGUCCGUCAUGCGUCUGUUGUACGUCCGUCAUACUUCUGUCGUACGUCCGUCAUACGUCCGUCAUGCGUCUGUUGUACGUCCGUCAUACGUCCGUCAUGCGUCUGUCGUACGUCCGUCAUACGUCCGUCAUGUGUCUGUCGUACGUCCGUCAUGCGUCUGUCGUACGUCCGUCAUGCGUCUGUCGUACGUCCGUCAUACUUCUGUCGUACGUCCGUCAUACGUCCGUCAUGCGUCUGUCGUACGUCCGUCAUACGUCCGUCAUGCGUCUGUCGUACGUCCGUCGUACGUCCGUCAUGCGUCUGUCGUACGUCCGUCAUACGUCCGUCAUACGCCCGUCGUACGUCUGUCGUACGUCCGUCAUACGUCCGUCAUACGCCCGUCAUACGUCCGUUGUACGUCCGUCAUUCGUCCGUCAUACGUCCGUCAUACGCCCGUUGUACGUCCGUCAUGCGUCCGUCAUUCGUCCGUCAUACGUCCGUCAUACGCCCGUUGUACGUCCGUCAUGCGUCUGUUGUACGUCCGUCAUACGUCCGUCAUACGUCCGUCAUUCGUCCGUCACACGUCCGUCAUUUGUCCGUCAUACGUCUGUCAUUCGUCCGUCAUACGCCCGUCAUACGUCCGUCACACGCCACCAACAGACAUUUCCCACAGACUGUAACUGGAGCGUAUCUGAGCGGAGUACGAGAGGCCAGCAAAAUGACCGCCAUGUGA